UUUCAGAAUAGACGUAGAGAUUACCAAUAUUUUCCGUCAUCCAACUCUCGGUGGAUCUGCCUGUUCGUGUGUCCAUAGACCAGUGUUUUCGGUGAUGAUGAUGAUGACGAUGACAUUGUGAUCUGUCGUCUAGAAGGCGGAGGAAAGGUGCGCACCGAGUAAAACAAACAUCCACCUCGUGCUUCGACCACCGCAGUGAAUGAACAUGAAUAGCGGCAGACUUUAUUCACGACUGCGGUUAUGUCGGUUUUAUUCCGGCGGCGUGAGAGCGACGUAUCACCGAACGCUGGACAGGAUCGAAUUAAUGCUGCCGCCUAAAUUAAGACCUGUCUACAAUCAUCCUGCUGGGCCAAAGACGGUUUUCUUCUGGGCGCCUGUUUUCAAAUGGGGUUUAGUUGCUGCUGGAUUCUCUGAUAUGACCCGGCCUCCAGAAAAGCUCAGCGUCUCCCAGUCCUGCGUCAUCACAGCUACUGGAUUGAUCUGGUCAAGGUACUGCCUGGUGAUUAUCCCCAAGAACUGGGCUCUGUUUGCUGUAAACUUUUUCCUGGGCAUGUGUGGAAGCAUCCAGCUCUUCAGGAUAUGGAGGUACAACCAAGAGCUCAAGCAGAAGGAAGCGGAAGUGCAGCAGACUUGAAAAGCCACAAGAGUGUUCAGCUGUUGUUCAGUUACUGUAAAAGCAAUGAAUCAGCCUUUUGCACACUACCGCCAUGUGAUUUAGAUCUGUGUGAAAUAGAGGGUUAUUUUACCAAAAAAAUCAUUUCCUAUUUAAAUUCUGUCACGCACAUCAGUUGUGAUACAAUGAUUGUAUUUCUGGUGUUCUCGAUUGAUCCGUUUCUCAGUUUUAAAGGGGUCAUAUCAUAAUAAUAAUAAUAAUAAAUGGUGUGCCUACAAAA